AUGGAGCGUCCUGGGAAGACCUUGAGCGAUGCUGCUUUCGCAAUGAUAGUGCCUGGUGCUGAUCAAGAAGGCUUGCCUCGCAGGGGACCCAAGCCAACACGAGCUUAUCUCACAGAUGGCUUCGAGUCAGCCAAGCUCCGGCAGCGCAGUAAUGAUGCCGUCGAGAGCCAGGCCAGCCCCACGAAUCGAGACGCGCGUGGUUUGGGAAGGCCUGCAGCCCUGCAACCCCCCAGCUCCAGCUUGGGGGACUUGGUCUUUCAGUCUGAAGGAUCGGGGCAAGGCCAAAGCGGCCAAAGCCAAAGCCCAAGACGGACCUUCUCGCCGGCACGGACCGGAAGAUUCAGAUUCUUGCCCGAGAGCUUGAAGACAAUGCCCGUGCCGCCGGUCUUCCCCUCCCUGCGCAAUCGCGCGAAUGCUCCGACCGCUCCGAACGAUGAAGAGGAUGCCCUCGACUGGGCACCGGAGUCUCCCCUGUCACCCGGAAGGACAAAGCGAUCGCCCAAGGCGAAGGCUAUGAACCAAUCCUUCUAUCUUGACAGGCCCAAACCGAAGUCUCGCAUGCAUCAGGGCGGUGCCUCGGGAGAACAGUUGCACUUGCUCACGAUCGAGGGCUUCGAGGCACCGAAGAGGGAAGCCGCGAAAGAUGAGUUGCCCUCGCCUUCGAGCAGCAUGAAGAGGAUGGUCCUUCAGGAACACGAUGCCAAAGAUGUACAGAGAUCGAGACGCCUGAGCUCGCUUUACGUGCGGGGCUGGACGCAAAGAAAGGAUGAGUCCGACUCCACUGCCGAGGGUGGUGCCAAUGAAGAGGAGGAGGAGGAGCAAGAAUCGCCUUUGGAGCGCCUCUUGCGGCUUCAGAAGGAGCUUCAGGAGGCACUAGCAAUGCACGCUCGCGGUGUUGCCAUAGAGUUGAAGGCCAUGUCCAUUUCGGAAGAGAAGGAGAUGCUGGAAUUGGAAGGUUUAAUCGAAGAGCACGGGCUGACAGGGAAGGCUGCUCUGGCCUACAUCCUGUGUGCCAAGUUGGGAUCAUUGGAUGCUGCCUUCAACUACCUGGAUGGCAACAGUUCGGAGGCUUUUGCUGCAGUGUCCUGGCACACUGGCUUGAUGAUUCUUCGUGUCGAUCUUCCAAAAAUAGCAGGCUUGGGCAAACAGCAGAUGUUCUCUUCGAUCACGAAGGGUGGGACAACUGUCUCUCGCGAAGCAUGGCACGAGUACUUCGCUGGGGUCGAAGAUUCGCUGCCUGCACUGCCAAGCCAGCUGCGGCAGAAAAGGACUGCCCAGAAGCCCAGACUUCCCGAAGCUCCGCUUCCUCCGCCUCCGCCUCCGCCGCCUCCGAAGCCGAAG